AUGCUCAUAAAUCAGUUAUCUGAUUAUUAUAUGGUGAUCAAGAAAUGCUUUGAGUCAGGGUGUUUGAAUGAAGUUGAGUAUGCAUGCAAAUGCUCUUCUCUUGAGACUUUAUCUUGUAAAGUGCACGCUGUGGAGCAUGUAAACUUGCCUAAUACAGUUCACAAUUUUGUAUCAAUUUUUAUGCAUCCUUGUGAAGGGACAAAAGAAGCGAUUCUUGAAUUCCUUACAAUAGAAAAUUCAAAAUAUAGUGAGUUGAGAAGAAAAUUAUAGAUUCCUUUAGCCAGUGUCUUCCCUCACUUUUAUACUUAAUUAAGUAUAUAUUAA